AUGGAUAUUGAUCUUCCUCGAUCAACAACUGCAGAAGUUUGUAUUCCUACUACAGUUCAAUUUGAAGAAGUUUAUGAAAUGUUGAAUAUAUUGGCAAGUGGCAUCGAAACAUUGGUCAAUGAUGAACAACGUCUAUGUAAUGAAUCACUCCAAAUGCAAAUUACACUUAUAACAUUGAAAGAAGAAUUAUCGAAACUCAAAUUAUCUGUUGAAGAAUCAAAUGCAUUUUUGCAGGGAGUGAAACAGAAUCAAGACAUUCUUAAUCAAGACUUUGUAUCCUUGCAAGAAAAAAUCAAUGAUUUGCAAUAUGUUUCAUAUAGUAAAACAUUGGUUUGGAAAAUAUAA